AUGAAUGGUAACAAACUUGAAGAAUUUGCUCAAGAGUAUUCUGUUAAUUAUACCCUUUGUGAAAUAAUUAUUACCACUAACUUAGAUUUUGAAUGUAUUGUGAGUUAUAAUCUUAGACAAAUAUAUUCUGAAAUGAUCAUCAACAAAUACAAAUCUGAUGUUAAAAAAGUUGAAAAUGCAAGACAUAUAAUCAAAGAAAAUGAAGCCAAACUUCUUUCAAUCAUACUCGACUUUUGGGAAAAAACUAAUUCUGAAGAAUUAAUCUUUAUAAUAGAUGAAGUUUAUCAAGAGAACAUUGAAAUGGAACUCGUUAAAAGUGAAAUUUUUAAAGAGCUUACUAGGAAAAGAAAAAUGCAAAAGAAGUAUACUCAAGAACUUGGAAUUACUCCAUUGGUUUUAUCCAAAC